AUGAGAUUAUCUCUGGCAUGGGUGCUGACAUUUCUGGCGUCUUUUCGCGGGUCGCUAGGUGUUUAUUGGAACGUAAACGACACCGAUUCCAUCAACAAUGCAACGGCACUGGUCGCUACAGGUUUGCUGGACUAUUACACAGGAUUGCAGUAUGGUAACCCCAUAGGUAUGUUCUCGUCUCCCUACUACUGGUGGGAGGCCGGCGGAGCCUGGGGAUCGAUUUUGGAUUUCUGGUGGUACACGGGGAACACCACGUACAAUGGAAUACUGAAGCAGGCGCUUUUGGCACAGACCGGAAAUAACAACGACUACGUUCCUCUUAAUCAGUCCGUUACCGAAGGUAACGAUGACCAGGCUUUCUGGGGACUGGUGGUAAUGGCUGCUGCCGAAAGAAAUUUCGAAAACCCAGCAGAAGACGAGCCGCAAUGGCUGUAUUUGGCACAGGCGGUUUUCAACACAAUGGCACUUCGUUGGGACGACGAUACAUGCGGUGGCGGUCUCAGAUGGCAAAUCUUCACUUGGAACUCCGGUUACGACUACAAAAAUACUGUGUCUAACGGAGCGCUUUUCCACAUCGCUGCUAGACUGGCUCGUUACACCGGAAACACGUCUUACGUUGACUGGGCCGAAAAAGUGUUCGACUGGAUGAAAGGCAUCGAUUUGUUAGAAGAGAAUGGUGUAAACUGGGUUUAUGACGGUGCGAAAGUUGAGGGCAACUGUACGAACAUCACGAAACUGGUCUGGACUUACAACCAGGGGCUUUUGAUGUCUGGUUCCGCCUACUUGUGGAACAUGACUCAAGACGAAAAAUGGCACACCAGAGCAUGGGAAUUUUUGAACGGGUCAGAAGUCUUUUUCAACAAUAGCGUCCUUUAUGAGGUGACUUGUCAGAGUGCCAACUCCUGCAACACCGAUCAGCGUUCCUUCAAAGCUUACUUUUCAAGAUUCCUGGGUUUGACUGCUCAAUUGGUCCCUGAGUCUAGAAGCAAAAUUAUGGGAUGGAUUCGAACUUCUGCCGCCGCCGCCGCACAGUCCUGUUCGGGAGGUACAGAUGGCCAUACCUGUGGACUCAACUGGUUUUACGAUGGCUGGGAUGGAUAUUACGGGUUGGGUGAACAAAUGGCCGCGCUGGAAAUUAUGCAAAACGUCUAUUGUCUUGAUAGACCUGCUCCUUACACCGCUGAAACAGGUGGAACCUCGAUCGGUAACGGAGCAGCAGGUACUGAGACGCAAGCUACAAACUUAAGCCCAUUGACCAUUACCACAGGAUCGCGGGCCGCUGCGGGAAUAAUAACAGCAGUUAUAGGACUCUCUAUUAUCGCCUGCACCGUGUGGUUGGUCAUUUAA